UUCAAUUGUGCGUGGCGUGAAUUUGUUGGUUGUGAAGCAUGUGGUCGGUUCUACGAUAAUUUGUUAUUUUUGUCACAGUAAAUGUUAAAACGUAUCAAAAAAUUUUCAUAUAUACAUUUGUUAUAAUUUUUAAGCAAUGUUAUUGAAAUCAACUGAAUUCAUUAACCUGUUAUGAGACGCUUCACCGCUUUCGGUGUUUGACAUUUACGUGCUUUGUGGUUUAUAUUCGUGAUAUUUUAUCAAGCAAUCAUCUUGCUUUUUUUGCUUUGCAAAUAAUUUAUAUUGUGUCAUGAGGAAUCGACCAUGCUGCGCAGCAGAGCAAAGAACGUCUCUUUCAAGACAGUCCGAGAACUGGAUGCGUUCCCCAAAGUGCCAGAUUCUUACGUCGAGACCACGCCACUUGGAGGAACAUUCUCGGUGGUGACUGGCGUGUUGGUGCUCCUGCUGAUGUACGCGGAGGUGUCGUACUACCUGGACUCCCGCUUCGUGUUCAAGUUCCUGCCCGACACGGACUACCGGGCCAAGCUGAAAGUCAACAUUGACCUGACUGUCGCCAUGCCGUGUGGAAGCAUCGGAGCAGACAUCCUGGACUCGACGAACCAGAACGUGCUCCAGUUCGGCCGCCUGCACCAGGAGGAGACCUGGUUCGAGCUCUCCGCGGAGCAGCGGGCGCACUUCGACGGGGUGCGCCACGUCAACUCGUACCUGCGCGAGGAGUUCCACGCCAUACAGGAGCUGCUGUGGAAGUCCGGCCAGAACACGCUCUUCGGGGAGAUGCCCAAGAGGACGGCGGUCCCGAGCCACGAGCCCGACGCCUGCCGCGUGUACGGCACGCUGACGCUGAACAAGGUGGCGGGCAACUUCCACAUCACGGCGGGGCGCUCGCUCGCCCUGCCGCGCGGCCACAUCCACAUAUCCGCGUUCGUGUCGGAGCACGAGUACAACUUCACGCACCGCGUGCAGCGCUUCUCGUUCGGCGACCCCAGCCCGGGCAUCGUCCACCCGCUGGAGGGCGACGAGAAGGUCACCGACGAGAACAUGAUGCUGUUCCAGUACUUCGUGGAGGUGGUGCCCACGGAGGUAGACACGUUCCUUCAGCGCCUCACCACCUACCAGUACUCGGUGAAGGACCACCAGCGGCCCAUCGACCACCGCAAGGGCUCGCACGGAGUGCCGGGCAUAUUCUUCAAGUACGACGUGAGCGCCCUCAAGGUCCGCGUCACCCAGCAGCGCGACUCCCUGCCGCAGUUCCUGGUGCGGCUGUGCGCCACCGUCGGCGGCAUUUACGUCACCUCCGGAAUCAUCAACAGCAUGUGCCAGCUGCUCCUGGACCUGCUGGUGUGCAAGUACGUGCGGUCUCGCGGCGGCGCGGCGGGCGAGAAGACCUUGGACGUGUCCGCGAAGGGCCCCGCCGUGCCUGCCGUGUCGCUGGUCGCGCCGGACCUCAUCCCCACCAACUUCUCCCCCGUGCACCUGGACGGGGUCCCCGCGUAGGCGGGGUCGGUGGUACCCCCCUCUUCCGUCGUCCGUGCUCGCGCGAUGUGGCUGGCCGGUGACCUCUGCCGUGUCCGUGUGAUGGUACACCUGUCCUUUUGCACCGGUGCGACGGCUCCCUUUCGGACUUCCACGCUUGGUGACGGUACCAGGGUGUCCGUAAUUAGUACUUUCGUGCUAGAGCUAGUACUUUUAUAUAACUUUUUUUUUUCAGCCGUCUAGCACAGAUCUAGUGCAUUUUUCUUUAAUAUAAUAAUUAGGGAUGCACGAGUACCCGAUAUUUUCGGGUACGGUUCAAAUCCACGAUUACCCGAACCCGGAAUCGUUGUACGUACAUGGAUUCGAACAGCAUUGCGAAUAUUCGCAAAAGUUGCAAAUUAAUUUAAUACGGCUCAAAAAUACUAGCAGUGAAAAAUAAAAUUAGGCUACUAUUAUGUAAGUAUUUAUAAUAUGAUGUGUCAAAGAAAGAUAUGUAAAUUUAAAUAAUUAACACUGUGACAUUAAAAGAAUUUCGAUGUUUACAUAAUUAUAAACAUUUCACUCUCAGUGUAACAAAUAAUUGCCAGUAGUUACAGUUAGAAAAAAGACAACACACAUUAUUUUUUAAAAUAAUCAGUUAUUUUUAAUUAUUCCAUGCUUAAUAUUCAAAAUCGGAUUCAUAUCUCAAAUAUUGCCAGGGAUUCGAAUCGGAUUCGAACCGAACUGAAAAUCAAGGAUUCACACAUCCCUAAUAAUAAUAUUAUAGUAACUCCAAUAUGUUUUAUUAUUAAGCGUAAUUAUUUUUAAAAAACUAUGGGAAUGUAUGUGUUUGUGGUGUGAUUUUAAGGUUCGAGCAUUGUGCAUUGUCAUAAUAACUUCCUAAAUUGUUUAAAAACCAUAACAAAUUAUUAUUUAGUACUUUUUUUUUUUUUCAAAUCUAGUACUUUUUUCUUGCCUAAGUUGGUACGAAAUGUUUUUUCCUUGUGGACACCCUGAAUGGUACCGUCUCCCACUCGCGUGAAAGGUUUGGUUUCGGACAUGGCGUUAAGCAAAAUAUACAACCAGUCUCUUGAGCGGUACUAUUAUUUCAGCUGCAAAAACGUCUGUGUAGUUAUUAGUGGAGCACCGAUACCAGUACCAGCACCAACCGUUUGACUCGCCUAAGUUGAUCAUAAUAACCAGAAAUUAUGGAAACUUUCACCAAUAUCGGUCAUUCCUCCCCACUUUUCCUCCCAUCAUUGGUACAGUAAGGCUAGUUUGUGUGAAUCAAAGUGGCUGAUUCCUCUCGUACCAGCAUUUUUAUACUGUGAUUUCCGAUGUUACAAGGUGGAAAUUUCAUGCUUGUUUGAAGAGCUCAAAGCUGCUACUCUUCUUGCAUGUCAAGUAGUAUUUAUUAAGUGAUUGUGAUUGUAUGUCUCUGUCGCAUCAGUUCACACACCUGAAGGUACGUGUUCUGGUGUUGCUGAAAGCUUAGACUAGAGGGAAAGACUUAAGAUGGGAAAAAACUAUUUUCAGAAAGUUUUUUUUAUAGCUUGAACCUUUUAUUAACCCUAGUAUCCUCUCUUACAAUUAAAACGAGCAUGGUAUUAGAGUAUCUGUCACACUUUACUUUUAUGAGCUAUUGAUCUGGUCUCUUUUUCAAUGAUGCAGAAUUUAAAAACAAGGUAGUAAAAAAUGAUUAUCCCUCUUUUGUUUAUGAAACUGCUGGUUGAUAAGGUCCUUGCCUAUCAUGGCUUUUAAGUUUCAGAUUCUUCUUAUCUGAGAGUGAGCAUAACUAAAGCUGUCUUUUUUAUUACUUUUCUAUGCUCACAUAAUUUCCUCACAAAAUAUAAUUGAAAAGGUUUAGGGGAAGAAUACGGCUAACGUUUUACAUGAAGGUGCAAAUGAAUUUUCAUUUCUGAAAAACUGAAAUUGUUCUAUAUGCCGUACCAAUGUUUUGUCUGCAAGUAUGCCAGAAACUUUGGCAUAUUUAUUUGAAGUUAAGUAAAGAAAAAAUAGGUACGUAACUAGCUUGAUGUUAAGGUAGCUUAAUAAUUAUUUUCAAUGUGUCCACUGGUCUCCAAAGUCACGAAAGCACCCUGAAAUAAACAUUAAUGGUGCUGUAAGUUGCAAAACUUAAGGCCCGUCUACAAUAGUCCGAACCUGUGCGUGGUCCGUGUCCUUAUCCGAAUGUGAGUGACGUCACAUUGUCUCACCGAAAACUGCCCUGUCCACAAUUGCAAUGUCCGAUGUCCGAAUGUAUUGAUUUCUAAAUUUGUCACCAAUGUGCCAAACCAAAUGUUUUUGUUUAUUUUUUUGAUGCUUUGUAGUUUCAGAUUGAACUUAUGAAAGUUAUGUAAGUUAUAACUGACUUACAACACCUUCCAUUUCCUUCAAUAACAAAAACAAACACCACAUUUUCAAACGGGAACCGGAAAUUCAAAUAUCGUGAGUGUUCUGUUCUUUUUCUGUGUCCGAAGUACACAGGUUGGGACAAAAAGUUCAAAUUGACGAAUGUCUUCGGACCAGGUAGGUUCGGACCUUCGCCCACUUGACGCAUGACGUCAGAGGGUCACGUGGACCAAUCAGCGACGAGUGUCCUUUGGACACAGUUUAGGACAUUGCUAUUGUAGACGGGCCUUUAGGUUUCCAGCAGCAUUUGGUCAUUGACACCUCAGUUCAGUUUAUAGUGGCACAUUAAAUAUAAAUUUAGUUCAGAACUGCCCAUUUAAAUUAUAUCUCAACAUUAUCUCUGAGAAUUAUCUGUGAAAAUGUUUUAGUAUUCUGGCAUAAGAAUCAGCAUGUUCCUGACAAUAGUUAAAGAGGAUUAGACCCCGCCAUCUUGGAUUUUUCCAUACUUUUGCUAUAAUUCUAAUUUUGAACUAUUUAUCUCAAUUUUUUGCACAUCAAGGUGUAAGUCAUAACUCUCCGACCAGUACCUUUUUACAACCACAUAUUAACUAAUGGGCUUCAACCCGUAAGCGGCGCGAGGAAAUAACGUAUUAGGUAUUUCACGUGGGCAACUACAGUGUUUUCUCGCAUAAUCGUCGCACAUUUUAUUCUAAAAUCAAGUUUGAAAAGUACGGGUGCAACGAUUAUGCGGAAAAAAAAUUUUUUUGUUAGAUAAAGUAUUCAUAAAAACAAAACCCAUUCAUGCAAAGUACGUUUUUUUACAAAGUGAAGUAUAAAAGAGCACGCCAAACAAUUUAAUUUAAUAAGUCGUGCAACAAAAACCUUUCUUCAACUUAAACUUUAAAUAUAAAAACAAACUUUAAAUAGAAAAACCAAAUCUGUGAUCCAAAUUCAAGCCGAACGAACGCGUAACUACCGUAGUAAACACCACGAGUGAGCGCUAUAUCAAAUGUAGUUAACUCGAUUCCGCAUAGAGAGCGCGCGUUGCAUGCAAUCGGCGAGAUAUCGAUAUUCGACUACGUGUGCGCGCUCUAUACGGGAAGCAACAUAACCAAACAGUAAUGAUUGCAACGAGCGCUGGCUACAUUUUUGUAAGCGGUACACUGCGGCGACACAAACGAACAAUAAAGAUUAUAACGUUUAAAAAGUCUUUAAAACAAAAUUUACACGUCGGACAGCUUCGUAUUUCCGUUAUUUAAAUAAGUAUGCUGUAAUUUCUGAAUAAAUAUUAUAUUUUAUAUGUAAAAGAUACCUACACAAAGCGCUCUGCAUCUAAUAGCAGGACCAAAAACAUCAUGCUACGCGAGAGGUUGUUUUCUAUCGAAAUUUUGACGCCCUAAAAUAUGGGUGCGACGAUUACGCGAUAAAAGAGGGUACAACUAUCAUAAUAAUCACAACAUUUCACAAUUAUUUACAUCAAAAAGUAGCCAAAGCGUAAUCCUAUGCCAUGUCAAAUAAAAACAUUUAGCAAGGAAGAUUUAUUAUGAGCAGUAUCAGAAUAUUACAAUUUGCAAGAUGGUGAGACCUAAUCCACCUUAAGUCUGUUUUGUGUUUGUUUAGUAGUAGUAAACUCUGUGAUAAAAAUUUUUAAAAAUAUAUUAUAUUAAUGUCCUUAAAAAUUCCUGAAAUUGGAUCACGAGGUUUGUUUAGGUACCCUGAUUUGUAAGUGAAUAGUCGGAAACCAAUUAUUAUUUUCUUAAUUAUUACUCAUCUGUAGUCUGGUGAUAUUGGUGCCCCACUAUUUUUAAAUGUACAGAAUCUCUAAGUGCACCACGUGCAUUUGGAUGUGGUUAGAAGUAUUUAUUUUAAAAUGUUGCGUUCAAUGAAAUAUAAACUUAUAAUAAGAAUUUCUUCAAGAUUUAAUUUGGGUGAGAUUGUAAUUUACAGGGAAUUUAAUUAGAAAAAAACAAGUCAUGUUUGUAAUUGUAAAUCGUGUGUAUCAACUUCUAAUUGUAAAAAUGUCACAUGAAAAUCAAUAUGAGUGCAAUCUGGUGCAAUCUUAUCGGAAGAAUUAUUUUAAUAAAUUUUGUUUUAAUUUGCCAUGUGAUACAUUUUUAAUGGAAAUAUAUACAUUAAUGCAUUUUUAAAUGUGAUUCUUUUGUAAUUUACUCUUUUCAGUAAGUGAAGAUUUAUUGUUGUUAUACUAUAUACAUCACAUUGUGUUGUUUUAAGUUGUUUGUUUAUUUUUACAAUUGUUAUUUUGAAUUUUUUUUGUAUCCCUUAUUCUAUUAUUAGAGACCUGCAAAAUUCACGGUUUCGAUGGCCUUCAGGAUAGGCUGCACACACCCCUGUACACUCGGGAAAAUAACGCAAGUUCAUUGGCUGCCGACUUGUAAGUCGUCUCAGCUAGUUUGUCUGUGAUUCGAUCCUUCUUUGGUUGAGGGUUUAUAACUGGUUGAGAUUCUUCCAGAUGAACAGUACGCCAAUAGCAAAAUUAUCUAAGAGGUAUAUGUGUUUGAAUUCUAGCCUAUCACCGAAUGAAUCCGCAAAUUUUGCAGGUCUCUAUCUAUUAUUGUUAGCAAUAAUUUUGGAGUGCAGUUAUAGUCUGUAAAACAUAUUUAUGUAGAUCCCCUUAAAGGUGGCAAAUUGUUUAGUGCUUCAUUGCAAACAUAAUGGGGCUUAGACAGUACAUAAAAUUUUUUGUGUGUGUGAGUAAAUUAUUUUACGUAGUUAAAGCUUUGCAUUUUCCAAAGAAUGCUAUCUAUGUGUUUGUGAACUUAGGAUCUAUUUUUUGCAAAAAUUUUACCAUAAGAAAUUAUUUAUGAUUCUUCUUUCUUUCUAGUGCUUGUGACUUAGUUCUUAGCUGUUGCAAUUGUGUUUUUCAGUGAUUCCAACGUCUGUUAAACGUGUUUGUGUGAUGAAAAACAGUACUGUUUAUUGUAAUCAUGACUUGGGAAGAAUACUUUUUUUUCCAUCAAAUGCAUGAGAAAUAUUUUGCAUAUUUUAUAAUUUUGUUUUUAUUACCAUCUUGUCUUGAAUAUUGUUUAUUCAUCAAUUUUACUCUAUCUAAUGAUGCAAUUACCUGAUAACUUUUAUUGUUAUAAUUUUGCAACACUAUCAGAAAGGAGGCCUCUUUCUGACCAGACACUCUUACUUGAUAGAUUUGAAGGGUUUCAUUUUUUGUGGUGUCGCGGUUGACACUCCCGGUGUAACACCACCACAAGUUAGACACCCGUCUGGGAACAGCCUUCAACACUCCAAUCUUGUUUAUCUUUUUUAAGUUAUUAUUUUGCACGCUGCUCCAAAAAACGAGUGCCCCAAAAUUCAUAAAUAAAUUAUUCAAAAGGUUUUUAGAAAAGGAAGAGAUCAGAUUAAUAGUAUUUAAAAUGAAAAGAACAUAAUUACUCGAAAUGUGAAAAACUUUAAUGAGACCAUUUGCGCAUGAGCAUGGUAAGGAAUUUAAGUUACGACCAAAUAUCAAAAAAAUUACAAUUAUAUCUAAAACCAUUUGCCCUAUAAAGUUAUAGAGGCUUUUAAUAUAGCCACGUUUUAAUAUAUACCAAUAAAUAAUAAAUACUGCAAUAAACGCAUAAAUAAAUUCAGACAUUGAUGCAAAAACCGUUCUAAAAAUAUAUAUAUAUGUAUAAAUAAUAAAUUACAAUACUAUUCAAGUAAAAGUUAGUAAAAAUUAAUGUCUCUCUAAAACAUCUUGAUUACACCCGGGUGAAUUUAUUUUACGGCGCUUCAUGGCAUGCUUGAUGGAAGGUUCGGUAAAAAUGAGUACGAGGACGCAACAUACACUCGACGUGGGAAUUAGGGUCUUUUGGCAAAAAACAUUUUUAAAUUGUUCACUGUUAUGGUGGGCAAAGUUUAUAUCAACACCCCGGGGUUACAGGGGCAAAAGUUCGGAGCCGGAAUCACUUACUUGGAUUAAACGUUGUACGUUGCAUCCCACCCCGGACCUCCUGGCCCGGAGUUUAGCCGGCUGUACUUUAGCACACAUGCUAAAUGCUUCAUUAACGAAAAAAGUAGCGUAGACUCUUCAUCCUCUUGGCAGCACCCGCCACAAUCUAAGUAUUUGCCGAACUUCAAUAUACGUCAGCUGAUUUAUGUUAAAAAAUAUUCACGAGUCCCCGCCGGCCCAAUACCACGAGCCAUCACCCGCGCUCGUCACGCCCGAAGCGCAUACACGUCCACCACGGCGAUCAGCUCACGACUCCCUCAUACAGCUCAUUCCGUCCCUCUUGACGUAUUUUCCCCCACCACCUUAUUGCCUUGGAACAGUCCAUUUCAAUCUUCACGGGGGGGGGGGGGGGGGGGGGGGAACGUCGUACACCGUAUUAUGAUUCAAAGUCCAAAACGAUAUAAUUAAAUAUCAAGAAACUAAACCAUUUAAAAAAACAUAAUAUAAAAACAUAUUUAAAAAUAAAAUUAACAAAACUUAUAAAAGACCAAUACUUAUAAAAAAAGAAAAAGGGCAAAUACUAAAACUAAAAUUACGUCACAGCCAUAAUUCAACAUUAAUUAAAAUAAAUAUAAAAUCAAGUGGCCAUGCCACCUAUGGCCACAGUGGAAGGGAAUUAUUUUACGCGUAACUAGUAGAUGCUGCAUCUGAAAUGGAUCAGUUUGUCUAGUGAUGAAAUGUCGUUGUGAUGUUCGAAGAUCUAGAAUACGUAAAAUAUUUGCAACCAAGAGAGUUAAAUUAGAUAUAUGAAUUGAUACAAAAUUGUUUUCAUUAUUGUGCCACAUACUGAUUUUGCAUAGUGUUUGUUUCAGUGAUUGCUCACAUGUUACGGUUGCGUAGUAUUUGACCCAGGUUUUGUCUUUUGUCGAUGGACUUUAGAGUAUGUAGUUUUUGCAAUUUCAUUCAUCAAAAUCGUAGGUAAUCUUUAUGACAAUGUCUUAAAAAAUGUGGGCUUCCACUUGUAGCAUACAGCAAUCCAUGCUAUGAACAUUCUCAAACAUCUGGUAAUUUUUGGGUCUUUUUAUGACUGAAAAAUGUAAAAUCUUUAUUGUUAUUCGUAGAUUCUUCCCAUUGCUUGAAACAACUGGCCUUUGAUUGUUGGCUCAUUGUUCAAAAAAUCUUUAAAUCAAAUGCUGACAUGAGGCUAAAAUCCUUUUCACAUGAUUAAAUAUUUAUUGAAUUCAGUGGAUUAUAUUCUAGGACAAAUGUGAGUGCACUUGUGAGAUUGGGUCCAAUGAAAAUUAAUAAUAAUAAUAAUAAUAAUAAUAAUAAUAAUAAUAAUAAUAAUUGUAAGCUAUUUCACACUGACAUAAAGAUUGUUUCUAAAAAUCAAUUUUUUUUUGGUUUUUCAGGUCAUACAUUAAUACAUAAUUGCCAAGGAAAUAUUAAGCAAUUAUAAAAGAUGACUAAAAAUGCCAUUCAAGAAUAUUUAAAACAUUUUUACAAUGAAAACCGUUGAAGGAAUCUAAGCAUUUGGUUCCUUGAACAUCCAUAGGAUUACAAAUAUGAAAUUUAAUAUUUAAGUGAUGAUUAAUUGCAUCUAAGCAAUUCAGUUUGAUUAAAAUAGAAUAUGAUUUGAGACAAAGUUUGAUCUAGCUUUCACAUUAUGGUUUGAAGGGUAACAAAAAAAUUUUACUAGACACUAGUGAAAUAUAUAGAAUUAGAUUAUUAUUGUACUUACAAGAUAAAUUGCACAGGCCUGACUAUUUACAGUUUAUUUUGAGAGCCAAGAUUUGUUCUUAACUAGCAUUUUCACACACUGUGAUUAAUUAAUUUAAUUUUUUUUAUCAUUAGUGGUAUGAACAUAGGUACUAGUUUUUUCGGAGGAGGGUGGGAAAUUAAAUUUUGAUAUGUAGUAAUUUUUUUAUUUUUGCUUAUGCUUAAAUCCAAGGGAUUUCAAAGUAUAGUAGAAUCUCUAUCAACCGAGCUUUGACUAACUAAGUUUCUGUAUUAUUUAGGACCUAGAAAAGAUCUAAUUGUUGUCAAAAACCUAAAGAAAAAUUACUUCAAAGAUGACAUUUACAUGGUGGGCAAAUCAUUGAGUGACGUGAAAGAAUUUACACUGAAGAAAAAAUAAAAUUGAUACCACUGGGCCAACUGAAAAACCACGACAGUUUUUCAUUAUAUCCGUGUUAGCCGAGAUUUUGCUUUGCCGAGGUUGCUGCAGUCACAGUAACUCGGUUGAUCGAGACACACAUUAGACGUCGCAUACAAUGUUGCAUUUAUUCUCAAGGUGCUUUUGUAAUUUUUGUAAUGCAGGAAAUUUUGAAAUAUUGUGUUUUAGUUCAUUGUGGUGUGUGUGCUUGUGUACUGCUAGGCUGCAGACUCCAGUUCAAGUGCCUUGCUCUUCGCAGCGAAACACUGGUGCUCUCGGCAACCAUGAUUUCUCACCGAGAUUAGAUUGUGCAGGUGUGUAGUUGACCAGACUCAAAUAUAGAUUGGCUGGCAAAUAUUGUGUGUUGUGAUUGUGUUAUUUGUUGAUGAAUAAAUGUGGUAUACUUAACCUUAAA